UAAUAUGUCGAAAUCUAUAAAAAGGAAGGUCAAGAACAAAGGGUCCUCCAUAAAGAAAUGGAAGGGUGUCAGAAAUGAAGGAGAUACGUUCUGGUAUCCCAAUUCAGUUAUUAGCAGCCAGAACUCGCCGAAAUCUAAGAACAGACUUAAUACAACGGCGCCAAUAAACUUCAACCAGCUUGGAAUGAAUCAAUACUUGAGUGGCAAAGGAUUUAAGGACAGUAGUGUAAAACUUCAGGCUCCUUUGGAAAAGACCAUGAGCUUUGGAAAUAAUAAAAAUGGAUUGUUCUCGACUCGAUAUGACACAUAUGGUCAUGGAGGGAAAAUAAAUUCAAAUUCAAUAGUCGCAACCAAAACGAAGAAGGGCAAAUUUAAAAGUAAAAUCAGUAGUAACAGAGGUAGCACAAAACCCUCUGCUGUAUUAGUAAGCCACCAUCACAGGAAAAAUACUUCUAUUUAAAGUAGGGAAACAAAGUAAUAAAGUCAAAGAAUUUUCUCUAAGGAAAAAUAGGGAUAAAAUGCAGACUGCUCCAACGAGUCCUUCCAACAGGACCGCGAACGAAGGGAGCACUGCCAAGAUCAGGAACAGUAAAGAAAUUGGAUAUCGUAGCUACAUUCGGGAAGAAGGAAAGAAGGCCAGGAAGGGCUCUUUAAAUCCAAAAAGACCGAAAAGUCAUCAUGGAAAUAAAGGUAAACUCUCUAUAAAGAAGAACAAUCCUUCUCCUGGGAAUUCUCAGUUAGGCAAGCAUCCUAGGAUUGGUGAGAAGAGGGUGAGUUCAAAUUUCCCAAACAGCUUCUACGUCACUCCCACUUCAAAAUAUGGAGGGAAGCUAAACCAGACAUUUGUAUUAGCAAAGGGAUUUGAUGAAACUUUUAUUGAAAAACCGAGUAAUCGGAGGAACACAUCAGGCCUCGCUCCCUCUAAGACUCAGCAGGAGAGGUACAAAAUCUAUCAUUCAGGUCGAGGGAGCAAUACUGGCCCGAUUAAGAUCAAUGUGGUCCCUUCCAAAGUUGGAAAUGGGAGCUGAAGAGCAGUUAAAGUUCAAAUGCCUGACAAGGUAGUUGACCUAAACCGCACUCAGGAGAUCCGUACCGGCUCUCGCACAGGUCGUAAGAUAAAAGUGGUUAAUGGCAAUAUCAAGAAGGAAGCCAGGAAGAAGCCCAAAACGGUUAAUUAUAAAAAUUUGAUUCCUGAAGAUAAGAACUCUAGUAAAGAAAAACAAGCACCAAUUUUGAAAGAGCCAGAACCCAAAAAGGUAGAGAUAGAGAAGAAAGAAGACAGCAUUCAAAGGAACGAAGAACGCAAGAUUAAGAAAGUCAGGAUCAAGGACGUCACACGUGAUCAGCCAAAAGAGGAAAAACGGGAUCCAAAGUUGGAAAAAUAAGCUCGCUGGCGUCCAGAGUUUCCAUGACCCACCUCUUCCAGCGUUAGAUGAGGAGCAGUAUAGUAAUGAUAUCUCAGUAGACAAUAUCAUGAUCGGGGAAGUUAUUGGCCAAGGAGCUUACGCUGUUGUUAAAAAGGGUCUCUAUAUCCCAGAAAGUCUCACAAUUGCUAUCAAGAUUUACGACAAAUCUAAGCUGGAAGAGCCUCAGCGAAGAAAGAGUGUUAAAAGAGAAAUCAAACUUAUGGAAAUGAUGGAUAAUGAGUACAUCGUGAAACUCUAUGGCGUUAUCGAGACACGUCAUGAACUCUAUAUCUUGAUGGAAUACGUCAGCGGACUUUCCCUACAUGGCUAUUUGAAGUUGUUCAAACAUAGACGACUACCAGAAGAGGAAGCCAGAAGAAUCUUCCAACAAUUAAUGAUGGGGCUUCAGUAUCUGCACAAGAAGUGAAUUACACAUAGAGAUAUUAAGUUAGAAAAUAUAUUGCUGGAUGAAAAUAGGAAUGUAAAGAUUAUCGACUUUGGGUUCAGUACUAAAAUUCCUAAUGAACAGAAGGUCAAGAUGUUCUGUGGAACACCUUCUUACAUGGCUCCAGAAAUUGUUACAAAGCAAGAGUAUUCUGGACCUCCGGCAGAUAUUUGGGCAUCUUGAGUCUUGCUCUUUGCUCUUAUUUGUGGAUAUUUUCCAUACAAAGGAGCUACAGAUGCAGCCCUAUAUGAAAGAAUUUGUAGUUGAGAGAGCUAUCCACCUGAUUUCUUGUCAGAAGAAGCAAAGGAUUUCCUAGAAAGUGUUUUUCAAUAUGAUCCUGACAACCGUCCAAGUGCUGAGGAAAUUUUCUAUCUCCCAUGGAUGAGGCUGCCUAUUAGUGAAAAGUACUCUACAGGGCAUAGCACGUGAAUUGGGGUCUCAAAGAGCGGGAUCUCAAGCCAAUCUUCUGAGGACAUGUACACCAGAAAUUACAAGCCAAAUCUCUUUGCUACUAGAACAAUGAAGAAGAAAAAUCCAGGAAUAGAUGCUAAGGAGAAGAUAAAGAGCAAACUCUUCGUGUUAGAUGAGAAAAAGAGUAAGGAUGCAGCUCCAAAAAUCAAGAUCCCUAAAAGUUUGAUAGCUCCAGUCCACAAGAACCCUGGCGGUAUCAAGGACAUUAAGACUGGCAUCAGCAAGGGAGGCAAGAAAGGCAAGAAUGACGAGAAGCAUUACCAUCUUCAUUUAUACCACCAUUUCACUAAAGAUAAGAACAGUAAAGCAAAUGACACUGAGCCGAGCAAGACUGGGUCAAAAGUUUCAGGAACUUCAAAACCUCGAGCACAUACAGAGUCCAGGGAUGGUGACACCCAGACCACUGCUGAGGUCGGUGCCGUCACAGGCGUAAGUGAGGUGCAGAGGAAAAACCAGAAGAACCAAUUCUUGAAGGACAUUGACGAAAACGGUCAUCGAAGGAAAAUUAGAAGUAAGGGAAGGUAUGUCAAGUGACAUAAUUCAAAGGAAGAUUUCUCCUCUGUUGAGGACGGCUAUGACGAAGAAGUCCUUGAAACCAUCGUUAGCCUAGGGUAUCCCAUAGAAGAAGUCAUCAGACUAAUCGAAGAAGAGGAUGAAGAAAUGAUAGAUCUAUAUUACACUUUAUUGAAAGACAGCCAAAACCACUUGAAAGCUAUCUAUCCUAGUUAUAUGAGAAGCAAAGCGGUAGACUGGAAGAAGUAUGGGUUCCUUCUUGCAAGUCCUGAGAACAGUCGCUCAAGAACACGCAAGGAUAAGAGCAGGAACAAUCGGGUUUUAAGCUACUCCCCCAAGCGAAAUAAGGGCUACUCUUAUGGCAGUAAGGGCUCCAUGACAGGAUCAGGCGAGAGCAAGGCCAUUCGGAUAGCAUUUUACCCAAAAGAAAACCCUUCGAAUAGAGAAGACGCAGAUAGUUUAGUUAGGAACAGAAAACUUCUUGGAGGGAGGAAUUUUUCUCCGAACUAAUUAUUUUUACUAAAGUAUUAUUUA